UCGGUAGCAUUGAUCUCAUUACCGCAAACAACACCUACCCUGCUCUGCUCUGCUCUGCUUUGUACCUACUGCUACAUGCCUAGCCACCCUUCCACUGCUGUCACUACUCCCCAGCUACCACUACUACACCCAUCCGCAUCCGCCCUUCACCACCACCACCACCACCACCCCCUCAUUCAUUCACUCAUUCUGCCUCCGGACCAGCUUGCCCGCCCUCUGCGCCCUCUGCCCCGCCCCGUCCCAGCUCUUUGCGCCUGUGCCCAUUGCAUUGCAGUCGCCCACUUCGGCCGUGUCCGAGGGUACGGUAGAUGCAGCUGGCCAUGCCACCGCGAGCUUCUCUCACGGGGUCCUUCUCCGUUUCAGACGAGAACAAUGUCGUCGUCUGCCCGCUGCGCAAUCACGAUGGUUCCGCCUGUCGCAAACGCUGCACCGGUGAGAAGCGGUACCGCUCCAUGCAGGAGCACAUCCGCCGCGCACACCCCGAGCACUACAUCUCGAAGCUGCCAGCUACCGAGGAGAGCUUCACACUGAUGGUCAAUACUCCGCCGCAGGAGCGACCGCCCGCGCCCCCUCUCCCCACCACAACUGGCCCACCAGGCUAUGGCAGCAGCGAGCUGAACAAUGUCUUCUACCACGAAGAGUACGGCCUGAAUACUCCUAGGAAUUCGGACGAGAUGCGCCGAGGCUCGCUGCUGCCCGCUGCAAGCGCUGCCGCCGCCCUGGCCUCGUUGCACAACCACCGUGCCGAAUAUGACUGGGACUCGGAUCCAGAUGCCGCCUCGGAACCAGAUUCCAAGACCUAUCGACCCCGCGCCCGCUUCGCUCCUACCACCAUCGAGCACCACAUCACCACCACCGAGGAACCCUAUUAUACCGCCACCUCGUUGCAGCGUGAGCUGUUGCCUUCGUCCCUCACCCGCUCGCCUCCCGGUCGCUCCUCUACUCUGCCGCCUGCCCCGCGCUCUAUAAAGCCAAACAGGCCACGCAAGUCGUCGGUAGGCCAGAAUGCUCGCAAGCCCAAGCAUGAGCGCCAAAAGUCGAGAGAAAACGCCCGUAGGACGAGCUACGAUCGCAAAGCGUUUUCUGCCGAGCCACAAACGGCUGCAGCUCUCUUCGGCAAGAGGUGGGAGGACCUGAUUGAUGCCGCUGCCUCCGCUACCGAAGAAGAUAGCAGAGAUCUCACUCCAUCCUAUACAGCAUCACCUUUGCAACACACACUGACUCCUCCACCGCCGGAAAUGUCGGACCUACACCCUUUUCCAUCCGUCGAGUCGUCUAUCGAGUCUACGACCACGGGCUCCAAUUUCCACAUACCGUCACAAGGUCUAUCAGACUCCUCCCCUACAUUCGCUCACGCUGUCCAGAUUUAUUGUGCUGCUUGUCGGAAGUUAUCUGUUUUGAGAGAAAGCUACGCUUGCUCGGAGUGUAUAUGCGGUCUGUGUCAAGACUGCGUAGACGUCCUUGUCACCGAACACUCCCGAGGUCGUACCGCGCGAUGUCCUCGAUGUGGGGCUGUGGGUGGCAAGUUCAAGCCGUUCCAGUUGGACAUACGAUAA